AAACGUGCAGGGUUUGGUGAAUUGGUUGAUCCACAACACGGUGAGUUGACCUGUCCGGGAUGCAAAGCCUGAUCGAGCAACAGUGAUGCAUCCUGUUCUCUUCUCUGUGAUUCACCAACACACGCCGUAAUCAUUGCUUGUGAAACUGCAGUACAAGCGCCAACGAUUGAUCCGAUCGAAUUGGCAUGUUGCACCGGCAUUAUUUGCUCUUCUUCUCUUUCUUGCUCUAAUCGACUAAUUAAUUCCAAGAUAUUGCUUUCAUAUGCUUGACCAGAAUGUUUAGUGGUGCUCGUUUCAUCGCUACAAGAAGAUAAUUCGUCAGUUUGAAUGUCUGUUUCUGACAUUCGCACGAUGUUUAGAACAUCGUCAGCAGUCAAAACAGGAAUAUCUUCUGUGGGGAGGUGUUCUUCCACAUCAUACCGCUCAUCUACGUCCAUGCCAUCGAGAUACAUCCUAUUUAGCUCUUCUAUGUUACAGCUAUUAUCACCUCGUGUAGCGUUCGUUUCACCCGUUUCUUCAAUUUCUUUUUUAUCUAAACUACCGUUCCAGCAUGUACAGCUGCACAGCGAUAGUAUUGCAAGCAUUUUCAUGCCAAUGCCUUUUUUUUUGUUUUUAACUUUUUCUCCAAAUCAAGUAAAUUACGAAUACGAACACAAAACAGCACUAAACAUUGAUAAAGGCCUGAAAAACCAACGGAACUAUUUUUGAUAAACAGCUUUGUUCGCACAUUACACCAGAAGAGCGGGCCAGAUUCGAUUCCUUCCUUGUAACCGCGUUAACCAUUUAUAGCAAAUCGUGGCAAACUCCUAAAAUGGUGUUCAUACGGCAAAAAUUUUAAAAUGAACACAAAUUUCUAUGAAACGAAUGCACCACAGCUGUUUUACCGGUGAAUUGCUCUAUUCUGCUGCGCACUAAACAUUUGGAUCGAAGGCUCGUGUAAAUUACCACCCUAAAAAAAGCAUUUUGAGUACGUUGCUCAUCCGUUGUGUACACGCCAUGCAUAGCCGAUCGUACGCGGCUGUGUCUGCAAAGGAAGUGUUAAAAGACUACGUGCGAACAACUAACUACGUUGGACCGAAGUAUUUCCAGUGGAUCAGAAAAGUGUGCUUGCUUGAACGUUUUUUGUGUGCGAUGAAAUGAAUAAACGUACUUUCAGUAAAAAAUAGGACCGAUGCAUUGAUAGAGCCUCUACUGAAAACGUUAUUUUACAUUUGAACCGAUGAAUGGAUAGCACCAAGGUAUUCAGAACGUAUUUUUGUGAUUUGCUGUUUACAAACCUAUGUCUCAAUCGGGUUAGAGGGCAAUAUAACAGCAUUUACUGGUCAGCAGCGACUGAAAGUACAGAACAAUUGAGUGUACGGGUCAGAACCACGGUGAAAGUAUCGUCAAUGAAUUUACCGCUGCGUCGAGUGCAUAUCAAUGAAAUAGCGAAGCGCCAUCGAGCACUAGUAGGACAAUCCUGGCACAUGCAUGACUCAUUACCAUUCACAAAGCUAUUGUAAGUCAAUUUAUCCCAUAAUUUUGCUUGUGAUAGCCAUGAGGGAAACAGAUGUUCCUCAUCGUGCCAGAGAGUGAAGGCACAUCCUACUCUUGCCUUUCAAAAUGAUGUGUCUUGCACUGCGAUGUAUACCAGGUCGUAGAUCUCCUGCAGCGAACAAUAUAGCACGAUUAGCGCCGCAGGUAUUGAAACACUAACAACCUCUUCCGCUGCUAAGGCACAAAAUACAUUUCUAUCUAUUCGUGCUUUGUACGUCUUUUCACGAACGAAGAGAUCACUCAAUCACCACAGCACAAGAACGGUACGGCAUGACAUCAAUGGUGGAAAACGUCCCUUCAUAUCAACGAUUUUGUAUUGCAUUCAUAGAAAUACUCAUGCUGCACAAAUUGCUGUGCACGGCAUUCAUCGCCAGGAUAGCAAUUUGUGCAUGUUACGUAAAUAUUUUGCAAAGCAUGUCUUAUCGGGUGUGCUGCACGGCUUGCUCAUGGAGCCUUUGUUCUUUCACUAAAAGCAUGACGUUGCUCCGUGAGGUGAUGAAAAAAUGAUAUUUUGAAAGGAACCAAGAGCAUAUCGCUGUGUGAAUGUAUCCACCUCGUUCUGUGCAACCGCGUACCCCAUCUUUUUAAUUUUACAAUUUUUUUACCCCACGAGAUGAGGUAAGUGUUUUUUUAUUUAAUUCAAGUUUUCUGAACAAAGACAAGGUCAUCACACACAUCCACACGAUAAAGGAAGGCGUGAAGAACAAAAACGAAACGAUUGAGGUGCAGAUGUCCUUGAAGGGCUACGACUACAAGAAGGACGUGCGGUUCGACGGCAACGUGGUGCUUCCGUAUCCAAAGCGAAGGGCAGAAAGGAUCCUUGUGGUAGCUGACAAGUCUUUGGAGACGAAGGCUAAGGAGCUCAAUUUGGAGUACAAGCCGUUCGAGGAGCUGGAGGGCAAAAACAAGGAGAAGCAGACCCUGAAGAAGAAGCUUGCCCUGAAGUACCACUCGUUCAUCUCAUCGCCGAACUUCAACAGCGCGUUCGAAGUAAAAAUUUUCAACAGGAAGAGGAAGGCCGUGUACGUGAUCAGGAACCCGAACGACCUGCAGAACUUCUACAAUGAGGUUGUGAAGAUGGUGAAGUUCAAGCUGAGGAAGACGAACGAUUUGUCGUUCACGGUAGGCUACUGCGAGAUGAGCGAGGAGGAGAUCUACAGCAAUUUGAGCACCGGUCUUAAUUUCCUGUCCACCCUGCUGAAGAAAGGGUACAAGAGCUUGGGAGGAGUUGUUUUGAAGAGCUGCCAGGGCAAGCCGAUAAGGAUCUAUUAAA